AUGAGCGAGGCACCCCCAACACGAGUAACUUCAAUUUACUUAUUGGGGUGGUCUCAAAACAAUCUAAUGAAUCCACACGAAAAAGCCGAGGAGAAAUCUGAAGCUGAGACGACGGUCGGUGCAGUAGAAGAGAGUACGGCUGGUGAUGCAGCGGGUGAUGCCACCACAGAAGCAGCUGAGGGAUUACUACUUAGCAUUACACAAAAUGCGGAUACAUCUGAACAACAAAACAAAGAAAUCUUGAAAGCGUUGAAAAUUCUAGAAUCUGUCAUCAAUAAAAAUGUAACAGAUGAAAUAACAGUUAAACCGGUACUCAAAGAUGAUAUACUCAACUUCAUUCACAAUUUGAACCCACAUCUUUUGACUAGACCUGCUGUUGAUGACAACAAUGAUAAUACAUCACCUUUACUUCAAUCCAGAGAAAUAAUAGAGAACAAUACAAAAAAGAAUGAAGAAGAAGAACACAGAAGAUUCUCGAUUUGGCUACAGAAUGUGUUCAGUGACAAAGCAUAUGAUAACAAGGGAAUAAACAGAUUCACUUUAGAAAAACUCAUCGAACAUGAAAAUAAAUCUCCAAUUGACGAGGGAUCUGAAGAAAUGCCUGAAAGUCGAAGAUUAAUGAAUUGGUUUCGAUAUAUAUUCCAAACACCUAAUAGGGCUACUACAACACCAACGAGGACAGAUCAAAAGUCAAAUAUAGAUUUGAACAUAACAGAUAUUAAAGAGAAAACACAGAAAAACAUUAAUCAAAACAAUCUAACUGAUGUUCUUGAUCAUCUGAAUCAUAUUUUGACUAAGAUAAAUAAAAAUCUAGAGGACCAUAACUCAAUAACAAAAAAUGAUAAAGGCUUUAUUGUUUUGAAUAUACCUACUGAUCUUCCAUUUCUAACUAAUACACAAGACACAAACCUGACUUCGAGACGCAAGAGAGAACUUAACAAUACUAUUGAAAAGGUGGUCGAUAGCAAGAAUGAUAGAAAGACUGAAGCAGAUGAUUACAAAAAUGAUACUGUAUCUAACACUAGAAGAUCUUUUGAUUCAAGUAAUGGUUUUAAAAUUUAUCAACCUCAUGAAGUAGUAGGAAAUGAAAAUGUUAAUGAUUAUGAUAAAUCAGUUGAUGUUGCAAAAGAAUUGAAAGGGAAUCUUAUUAGCAUCGUUACUGACGCUUUUAAAGACAUAAAACAGAAAAUUGGUCCUAUAAAAACAAUCAAAGAUAAAUAUUUAUCAGACGAUAUGUUUAUAAUAGGUUACAUAGUUGCAUGUAUUGAUACUUUGGAAAUUACUUUAACAAAAUUAAUGGCUGAAAUGGAAUCAAAAGAGCAAUUUUGGAAUGAGAAACAGCUAAUGGAAUUGUUUAAUAAAUUAAACACUUCUAACAAAGUUAUUGGUAGGCUGAUGGAUUCAUUACACAAGUAUAUGAUGAGACUAGACAGCAAUUAUGUAAUUUAAAUAUUCAAUAAAGUUUGUUUUUUUAUAAUAUAGUGUUUGAUUUGAUGCUUGGAAGUGAAAGAGAAUGUAGCGAGUCCCUUACAACAGCGAGCUGGACACAAAUACUGGAAUAAAACAUUUUCUCGAGCGUAAAGAUAUGUCUUAUUUAGAUAAUAAUACCCAUAAGUGGCGUAUAAAGCCCGAAUGGUUGAUUAUGGCCCGUUCUACCUCUGCAAUUCUAAAGAUAGAAGGUCUAUGGCCCAACAGUGAUAUCAUGAAGGGUACAGGGGCAAAACCAGGAAUGUCACAAAAAUUCAAAAAGUUUAUUUUUGAUGGCAAUACCUUCAUUUUCCCGCGUAUUUUUAUUCGAUAUUACACAAAAGCGUAAAAACAAGUGUAGUCAGAUGUACUACAUAAAUCUCUAAACUGUAUACAGGAACAAAACAGGGAAGGUCCAUAGUGUAACAGAACGUAAAAAGGAAUGACCAAGCUGUCAAAAUACUUAAGUCAACUUAGAAUGUGACAAAAAUAUGUUCCAUACCAGUGGUAUGAUUUGCUGAGAGUUAGUCGCCAAAGACCCAAACCUUUUGAGGUGAUUGAAGUAGGAAUAGGAGAAGUAAUCAAAAAAUUUUCAGAUUUUUUUCGAAAUCAAUAUCUGAAAAAAUGCUCAUUUCCUGUGCAGUCCCAAAUGUCAAAAAAGGGAACUGGAUCAGACAUAUUAAAUGAAUUUGAAUUGCCAGAAUUUUCCUAUCAAAUUUUUUUACCUAUUAGUGCAGAAAAGUACAAGGAUUUAAUAGAAAAAGAUUUUGUUCUGAGGGGGCUCAAUCCUACUUUGAAGGCAUUCCUCAUUAAUUAGUAAAAUAAAUAUUAAGUUGGACAUUCCUUGUAUGGGACACGGUGGACAUUACCAGUUUUUAUAUGUUCCAAAGGCGAAUUACUUUAAUUUUUUAAAUAUUAAAAUAAAUACAUUUUCAUUUAAUAUUUCAUGUUCCUAAAAAUAAUACUUUAUAAGGUAAACUAAAGUUCCUAUUAGUAGUUUAUAAUUUUAAGUGACACUUAAGAAUGUUUUUGACUUUGUCAAAUUACAAUGUUAAUUACUUAAUUUUUUGUUUUUGUGACAUUUCUUGUUUUACCCCUGUACCCUUCUUGUCUGAAAAUGAUAAAAGUUAAAUAAAAAACAAAGUUAAUUUAUAUUUUAUAUUUAACAUCAGUCUAUUAUUGAAAUUACAAUAUAAAGUAUUUAUACUAUUACAUUUUUUAAAUAGUACACGUACAUUUACAUUUAAAUAUGAACGUUACUUAAGAAAGGUUCAAGUCAUAGUUGACAAGAAGAACGGUUACCCGAAACUCAUAAGCUCCCUUAUUUUUCUUUUUUUACUUACAAUGUAGAAAAUUUAAGAUUAUCAAUAAAUAUACUGGAAACCACGACAUAUAAAAUAUCAACAGUUGAUUUUGAACCAUAGUCUCAAUAUUUUAAGGUUGAAAAUCAAAUGUAGUUUAACUACUUUUAAAUAAACAGUCGGUUAAGAAUUGUGUAAUUUUAAAAUCUAUCGCAACCGCUUUCAGAGACAGCGAUUUAUGGCAUUAUGUAACUUUUAAGGCUGAUUGAUUGAUGAUUUGAAUUCCAAUUUACAAUUUAGACUUUAAAAAAAUUAUAAUUUAGACCAAUAUCUUUAAAAAAACGAUCACGAUCCACAUAUGAAAUAGUAGCGUGAAAUUCUUGUAUUUUUCAAAUAUCAAAUUGAA